AUGGGCAUACGAACGUACUCAUCAAAAAUUACGAACGGGCGAAACCCGUUAUCGUUGAAACAGGAGGAACCGAAUGUCGACAACAACAACACCAACAACAAGCCUUCGUCGUCGUCUGGGAAGAGACCAACUUCGGGCGUGGAAUCGAUUUUUAAAAACGACUCGGUCGAAGUCGGGAAAGAGUUUAAAGAGAACGUGAGAACGUGGAACGUGAACAGAGAGAGAGGACACUCUGGACACGGAAUUUUUUCGCAGAAAACGCCACCGAAGUUUCUGAAAGUGCCCGUAGAUAGAAAGAAGGAAGAUGAUGCGCAAAUUGCAGGAGGGGUGGUGAAACCCGUGGACUUGAAACAGUUGACGCUUCAAGAGUUAAGAACGGCGUGCAGAGAGAGGAAAGUAAACCCGGCUGGGAGUAAAGACGCGUUGGUCGAACGACUGGAAGAAGCCGUGAAGAGUGGAUUCUGUAAGGCAGAGUUUAAAACGUCGACGACAUCGACGGUAGGUGCUGGCGUGCGCUUCGACGAUAGGCAAAAGAAAGGUUUCCAUUGGAACACUUCGAAAGUGCGUUUGACGAGCGAGUUGCAUCAAAAAGGCAUGUAUAAAGGAAACGAGAUUUUUUCCUCGAAUUUUACGGACGAUCGAAGACAGACAGCGCACACGAGAGUGGUUGGUAAUGCCAACGUGGAAGGCGGAGGGGUGCUUCCAUCCUCUUCCUCGGCAGAACAAAAAGGGGUUGCCGCCGGAGCUGAUUUUUCGUUUCAUACGACACAUACCAGGACGAAAAAAGAAGAACAAGAACAAAAUCCACCGCAAGCGAGCGAAGCGAGAAUGAAAUACUGGGACUCCGCCAGAGGUCACGAUUUGUUUGGUUCGUGGACGCAACCAACCGCUGAAGGAGAAGAAGAAGAAGAUGAUGAAAAAGAGGAGCAAGCGGCGACGCCGAAGAUGAUGAUGGUGCCUCCGACGACGGUUGAAGAUAUCGUCCAAGAAGAAGUGAAAGAAGAAGAAGAAAAAGUAGAAAAAGAAGAAGAAGAAGAAGAAGAUAUCGAUGAAUACAAGAGACGUCAAACCAUGUCUCUUGAAGAAAUGAAACUGCUGAGAAGUGAGAAUGACGCCAAGUUGCCGUCCACGCCUUCUGUCGAAGAUAAAGAAGAAGCGGAUGAAGAAUACAGCCCGAGUCCGGCUAAAACUGUCAUCUUCACCGCAACCAAGGCGGAGAAAAACUCUUCGCCGGUCUUUAUGUGUCCAAAGUCACCCUAUCACGCGUACUUGAAUGGCUCUGACAACGAAGAAGAUGAUGGCGAUGACGAUGAAGAAGCUAUUCGUCUCGCCGACCAGGCGGUUCGAGAAGUCGAAGAAGAGCUGAAAGCCGAAAGCUUUGAGAGCUCGUUGAAUAUCACCGAAGAAGGAGCUUCUUCCAUGCAGUAA